UAUCGGGGAGGAGUCAGUGCCCCGUGUGUCGGAAAUCAGACUCGCUAACACGCUGUCCACCGCUCGUGUGCGCUUAAAGCAUGACACUCAGAACACUGGCGUGAGAUUUAAGUGAUAUAAAAAAAUAGAUCUUAGUCGUGGCCAACAGAGAGACGAUGAAAAAUCGAACGGAAGAGGCUUCCGUCAAGCGGCCGAACUCCUCCGGUGAAUUCCGCCGCCACAAGCUGCGGCGGCUGGAGUUAGAGGAGACCAUAGACGCAAUGGAGACGUCGCCGCCUCCCACAGACCUCCCCGAUGUGUCGUCCGUGGAUACGUUUUAUCCAGUUGACUUGUCCGGGGAUUCCACUCGAGUGUCCAGCCUGCCGGAGGCCGCUGGCCACCAGCGACCGCUCCUGAAGAUUCCCUCGACCAUGAAAUGCCUGGCGAGCUUCGAUCUCCCGGGCAAAGCCGAUCUCCACCAGCUCCUCACCAACAACCUCGCCCAGCACCUCGCUGUGCAGAACGAGAAGUUAAAGAAUAACCUGCUCUUCAACCACCACAACGGGUUGCUGGUGGCGCCGCCUGUCUCAACGACCCCCAUCAAUUCCCAUCAACAACAUUCUGCUGCCCCCCACCACCAACAAAGGGACACCAGAGCCCCCCACCACAACCAACAUAGAGUUUCUACAGUCUUCAACCAUCGCCAACAGAGGGAUACUACCAGCCCCCACCAUCACCAAGCAACAACCAGUCCCCACCACCAUCACAGAGAUACCUCUCCGCCCCAACACCAUCAGACUCCAAGAACUUCUCCACAGGAUGACAAAUCAGAGCCCCCGGACGAGCAACCCCCUGAAGAAGACAACAAAGAAACCAGCAACACGAAAAGAAGAAAAAGCGAAGAGGACGACGAUGACGACGAAGAAGAUGAAGAAGAAGAAGAGGAGGAGGAAAUGAGAGAGGAGGGAAACACCACUCCUCGUGUCACCCCAUUCUCCGUGCUGGACAUCUUAGAUCCCCAUAAAUUCACAGGCAAGACACACGAGGACGACCUCGUAGACUCCUCGUCUGACAGACAAGACGAGGACGAGGCUUAUAUCUCAGUGUGUUCAGAUUCUGGCGACGAGGCUGAGGGCCGCUGCGGGAGGAAGCCAGAAGGUGCCUCACGCCGGGGCGGGUCUGGAGGCGGCGCUGGCGGAGGCAAACCUCGAAGAGCCAGGACGGCCUUCACCUACGAACAGUUGGUGUCGCUGGAGAAUAAAUUUAAGCACACGAGGUAUCUGAGCGUGUGUGAGAGGCUCAAUCUCGCCCUGGCGCUCAACCUGACGGAGACGCAAGUCAAGAUUUGGUUCCAGAACCGCCGAACUAAGUGGAAAAAACAGAACCCCGGGUGUGAUGUCAACACACCCACCCAGCCGCCCAGUCCACCGCUGUCAGCCUACUCUGGAGGCCUACUGCCGCCCCCUCCGCCCCCGCUGCUGUGUCCCGCUCCCCUGUCUUACAGGGGGCCGCUGCCCCCUCACACACCCCUGGCUGCACUCUACCUGCAUCACCUAGCACGCUGAUCUUCACAACACCUGCACUUACUUCACCUCACUCUCCCUACACCUAUAAUGUCACCUCUAAAUACCUCUCCCUUGACUGUACAUUAAACUGUUUGACCUCUGACUGCCUGACUGUACCUCAGACUCACCUCUGACUGUAUCUUAAACAGCCUAAUACCUCAAUACACAAGUGAUAUCACAGUAUGCAAAACAACCACCGUGACAAUUCCUCCGAAAAUGGUGACUGCUAUGUCUGCAAGAUUUCCUGUAUAAAAUCUGUAAUGAAGUUCAUUACCGUCAACCUGGGUAAAAUUUUUAUCUAAAUUUACAACAACAUCAAUAUGGCAUUAGAAGUGGACAAGAGUCUAAUAUUUUAUUUAUUCAUGACAGAGAUUUUAACCACGUAUUUAAUUUUCAAAAGGUCGGGAAAGCUGUAUCAAGCGGGUUCAUGGCUGACAGAAAUAAAACUGAAUCAAGGUUCUUAAAAAAUCGUUUUAAUUUUAGUAUGAAUAUUGGUUUAGGAUUAUACAAAUUAGAUCAAUUUAUAAUUAAUAAAAUUUGGGAAGAAUUUUGAUAUGACGGAUGUAAUGCUGGACGUCACCGUGAGAUCAUAUCUAAGCCUUAUAAGUCUUCUGAUGUUAGG